AUGCCCCGCUAAGUUAGGGACUAUUUUCCUAAAAAGUCAGCCAUAAUUCAAGGUUCUAUAAAAAUCGAAUCAAACUAAGAACAGCCCCUUAGGGUUUUUGGUAUUUCUCGUUACAGACAUUUGAUUUGAUUAAUAAGGGUUUUUGUCAUAGGGGAAUUUCGUCAAAAUAAUGAGGCCGAUAUUUGUUGGGAAUUUUGAGUAUGAUACUCGCCAAUCGGAGUUGGAGCGCCUUUUUUCCAAGUACGGGAGGGUCGAGCGUGUCGACAUGAAAUCUGGAUUUGCUUUUGUCUAUUUUGAUGACGAGCGGGAUGCUGAAGAUGCUAUUCGUUCCCUCGACAAUAGGCCAUUUGGAUACGACAAGCGCAAGCUAUCCGUUGAAUGGGCUAAGGGUGAACGUGGUCGACACCGUGAUGGAUCGAGGUCAAAUCAGAGGCCUACAAAAACUUUGUUUGUGAUCAACUUCGACCCUCUUCGUACAAGAGCUCGUGAUAUAGAAAAACACUUUGAACCAUAUGGAAAGGUUCUUCAUGUUAGGGUUAGACGGAAUUUUGCAUUUGUGCAGUUUGAGACUCAGGAAGAUGCUACCAAGGCGCUUGAGUGUACUCACAUGAGCAAGAUACAGGACAGGGUGGUCUCUGUUGAGUAUGCUCUCAAGGAUGAUGAUGAGAGAGUUGAUCGCUAUGAUAGUCCAAGAAGAGGAAGUUACAGUAGGCAUGGGGAUAGUCCUUAUGGGAGAUCACCUAGCCCUGCGUAUCGCAGGCGUCCAAGUCCUGACUAUGGUCAACCCCGAAGCCCAGCUUACGACAGAUACAAUGGCCCUGUCUAUGAUAGGCGAAGAAGUCCCGAUUAUGGUCGAAACAUCAGUCCUGAAUAUGGCAGAUAUCGCAGGUUUGUAGUUAUGCACGCGCUGUCCAGUUUAAUUAUAUUGUUGGAUAUGUUCAUUGCUUUUGGUUUUAAAUAACUGUUUUCUAUAACUCAUUUGUUCAUUUCCAAAUAUUUGAGUUCUCAUUUCUUAUACCUCACUACUUGCAGCCGCUCACCUAUUCGCCGAUCAAGGACCUGAACAUGAUACAGUCUGGUGAUAGUGAUACAAAGUGGUUGAUUAUAGGUUUACAUAGGGGUAGUAGAUUUAUAGAGCAUGGAUAAUAUAUCUUAAAUGUUUUGAUUAGUUUAUUGUUGUCUUGAAGAAAUACUAUAUUAAUGUUCAAAGUAUAUUGGUGAAUUAUGACAGUAGAACUUGGUAUUUAACUGCUUUUAUCCAAAUUUGAACAUUCGACUGGCGCAGGCCAUAGGACUUUAUUAUGCAGCUUUGGAUUUUGAUUUAUGUCA